GGCCCGAGAGGCGGGCGGGAACCGGUCGGGAGGCCUCGGGGGCCUGCGGGAGGCCGCGCCUGGCCCGCACGGCUGCGCCCGGGAGCGGAGUGCCGGUCCCGGGCUAACGGUCACGGACGCUGGCGGCGCCGCGCGGCUCACGUGCGCCACCGCUCCAAGAGCUCCGGGCGCCCAGCUCCGCGGCCGCCUCCCCGCCGAAGGAAGCCUCUCCGUUUCUCCGGUGCCCGACGCGGGGAGGAGCGUGACCGCGUUGGGCGCCGCCCCGUCGGCGCGGCUCAGCAGGAGGCUCCGGGGUCGGACGGCCGGGCAGACGCGGCGCGCGCGCCUCCUUGGUGACAGCGGGGCCACCUGGGCAGACGGUGCCCUCGGGGUCCCCUGAUAGGCGGAGGGCGGGCGGGGACCGCGAGCCCCGGGUGGACCCCGCCUGUUUCUCUGUCAGUUAGAAAUCAGCCUUGGACAAGAUGGAAGGGGAGAAGCGGCCGGCGCCCUACGAGGGCCUGUUUGCCGACGGGCACCUGGUCCUGUGGACGCUGUGCUCGGUGCUGCUGCCGGUGUUCAUCACCUUCUGGUGCAGCCUCCAGCGGUCGCGCCGCCAGCUGCACCGCAGGGACAUCUUCCGCAAGAGCAAGCACGGCUGGCGCGACACGGACCUGUUCAGCCAGCCCACCUACUGCUGCGUGUGCGCGCAGCACAUUCUGCUGGGCGCCUUCUGCGACUGCUGCGGGCUGCGCGUGGACGAGGGUUGCCUCAAGAAGGCCGACAAGCGCUUCCCGUGCAAGGAGAUCAUGCUCAAGAGUGACGGCAGGGCCCUGGACGCCAUGCCCCACCACUGGAUCCGGGGCAACGUGCCCCUGUGCAGCUACUGUGUGGUCUGCAAGCAGCAGUGCGGCAGCCAACCCAAGCUCUGCGAUUACAGGUGCAUUUGGUGUCAGAAAACAGUACAUGACGAGUGCAUGAAAAAUAGCUUGAAGAAUGAAAAAUGUGAUUUUGGAGAAUUCAGAAACCUCAUCAUCCCCCCAAGUUAUUUGACCUCUAUUAAUCAGAUGCGUAAAGACAGAAAAAUGGAUUAUGGCGUGCUAGCCUCUAAGCUUGGAAAGCAGUGGACCCCGUUAAUAAUCCUGGCGAACUCUCGUAGUGGAACUAACAUGGGAGAAGGGCUGCUGGGAGAAUUUAGGAUCCUCCUUAACCCAGUCCAGGUUUUUGACGUAACGAAAACUCCCCCCAUCAAAGCCUUGCAGCUUUGUACGCUUCUUCCCUAUCACUCAGCCCGAGUGCUUGUCUGUGGAGGGGACGGCACCGUGGGCUGGGUCCUGGACGCGGUGGAUGAAAUGAAGAUUAAGGGACAAGAAAAGUACAUUCCCCAGGUUGCGGUCUUGCCUCUGGGAACAGGCAACGAUCUGUCCAACACCCUGGGCUGGGGCACGGGGUACGCAGGGGAGGUCCCGGUCGCGCAGGUCUUGAGAAACGUGAUGGAAGCGGACGCUAUUAGACUAGACAGAUGGAAGGUUCAAGUAACGAACAAAGGGUACUACAAUUUAAGAAAACCCAAGGAAUUCACAAUGAACAACUAUUUUUCCGUUGGACCUGAUGCUCUCAUGGCUCUCAAUUUUCACGCUCAUCGCGAGAAGGCACCAUCUCUGUUUUCUAGCAGAAUUCUUAAUAAGGCUGUUUAUUUAUUCUAUGGAACCAGAGACUGUUUAGUGCAAGAAUGUAAAGAUUUGAAUAAAAAAGUUGAGCUAGAACUGGAUGGCGAGCGAGUCGAACUGCCCAACCUGGAAGGUAUCAUAGUUCUGAACAUCGGAUACUGGGGCGGUGGCUGCAGACUGUGGGAAGGGAUGGGAGAUGAGACUUACCCUCUGGCCAGGCAUGAUGACGGUUUGCUGGAGGUCGUUGGGGUGUACGGCUCUUUCCACUGUGCUCAGAUCCAAGUGAAACUGGCAAACCCUUUCCGAAUAGGCCAGGCGCACACCGUGCGGUUGAUUCUGAAGAGCUCCAUGAUGCCAAUGCAGGUGGACGGGGAGCCGUGGGCCCAGGGACCCUGCACCGUCACCAUAACUCACAAGACACACGCGCUGAUGCUGUAUUUCUCUGGAGAACAGACGGAUGACGACAUCUCCAGUACUUCAGAUCAAGAGGACAUAAAGGAGACGGAGCUGACGGAUGAGGAGACGCAGGGUUAGAGGAGGGCCUCGCACACAGGUGGAUAACGUGGUCGUCCCGAAGUGAGAAGUCCCCUGUCAGCUGUUCAGUCUGAACUUCACCUUCACCGGUAGUAUAAUGGGGAUACAUUUAUGUAAAUAGCAUUCCAAAAACAGCCAAAUUCCAGUUGUUUACAGACGCCUGUUCCUUUUUCAGCAAAACACCCCAGUCAUAUUGGACUAACUUUAAAAAGUCACAGAACGUUAAUUACUCGAAGGUGAGGUGUUUCUCGUGGCUUUUUGUUUGAGGGUGGGACUCACUCUGAGCCAUGCGCCCUCAUUCCUUAUUCUUGAAUACACAUUUGAUGGACACGUUACACGUCCGGCAAGAAGUAGGUGGAAAAAUCAUUGCCAUCUUAAUUCCUAACAUUUUAAAAAUGAACCUGCUUUUUUGAAAGAUGAUUCGUGUCAAACCAGCCUGGGUAAUGCAGGCUCUUCUCCUGCGGCUUGUCUCUGAAGACCUCCUACAGCCCAGCCCUGAGUGGAUCCGGAAGGAUCUAUUUCCAGGAAACCUACAAGGAGAAGUGUUAAAGAAAGACAGUACUUAAAUUUUUGUUAUAAUUCUUAUCUUGAGAGCAUUUUCAGACCCCCAAAUGUUGCUUGCUUAACCCUGUUAAAGACCAAGUUGAGCUGGAAUUCAGCCCUGUGUAGCCAGAAGACAGCCACGUAGGUGAAUUGGUAAAGAUUAACAUUCAGAGCACUUUGGAUUGGAAGUGAGGGUUUCCAAGCUAGACUGUUGACCAGUUUCUCCUGAGUAAAAGACAGUAUCAACAAUUCAGAAAAAGUACUGCAGAAAAUUUAUUAGCCAUAGUAGUUGCUCAAAAAAAGUUCAGUAAUGACUGGUAACUUCUAAAAGUUCAGUGGUCUUGUAGUAUUUUGAAGAACAGUAGUCUUUUAUAUCCAAAGUACUUAACAGAAAUCCUCUUGGGGAAGCAGACAGAAUCCUGUGCUAAAAUGUUUGUAUCAUAUUUAUUUUAAAAUGAGAGAGAUAUUUUUUUAUUUAUUUAUUUUCUUCAUUGUGGUAUACUUGUGUUUAGUGUUUACAAUAUAUGGCUUUAUUUAAUAAGUUAAAUUAUCACAUAAAUCAGCUAGUCACAAUCAGAAAUGUAGCCUAUGGACUAAGUAAUUAAAACCCAUAAUUUAAUUCUCCUGACAUAUAUAUUACCCAGAUAGUCUCAUUCUUCAGAAAUAUUAAUAUGUUUUUUAAAAAGGGGAAUGAAAGCACUGGCAAACAACUUUUGCGUAACUGAAAGUUUCAUUUCAUUCUUUUAUCUGACCCUCAUUUGCCAGAAACUUACUGAAGGGCUAGUCUUAUGGUUCCCCAUUAGAGGGCGCUCUUCUGGUGUGAACCGACCUGCUCCCGCAGGCCAGUGAGGCUGACCCAUUGGGCCUCCAGCCUGGUGUUUUUCUAACAAAUGGCCCGUUUUGUGGGCUUGGUGGUCUUUCAUGACGUUAAUCCCUGAAAGACUAGAAUGUAUCCCCCAAAACACCAUUAGCUUCCUCUGAGGAUCUGUUAUGGAUCUGUCAUCCAUGAAUUGCCAUAAACUUAAAUUUCAGUCACCCUCAGGCUGAGGCCAUGUUUUGAAGGAAAAACUUAGUAGUGAUACAGUAGUCAGUGCAUUUUAUAUAUAAAAUACUUCUUUUCUGCUUAAAUUAAUCUCUUCCAGAUCUCAAUAAGAGAUGCUAAAUUCUAGUAUUGAAAGAUUUUUUGAGCAGAUCUGUUUUCACCUUUUUCAUACACCUUCAUCAAGGUUGAUGGGAGAGUUUUAUAGAUUUUCUUUUAUGGGCUGAUCAUGUUUUGAGUAUAAUGAAUUUUAUUCCUUAACUCAUGGUCACCAUUGUUACGGAUGUCACAUUUUAUAAAUACACUGUUAAAUUCACUUUGCUUUAGGCUGCAAUUUAUGUAUAAUUCCAUAGUACUAAUUGUAGAAUCAAAGUGGAUAGUUUGGGAUAUCAGAAUUAAAAUAACCAAAAUAACUAGGUUUUUUUUGUUAAAACUAUACUCAAACCCUGAUGUUACAUUGCAUUUAGAACAGGUCUAUAUGUAACACCCUCGUGUAUUUAAACAAAUUGUUUUUUCAAUUUUCAUAAUCCAGUGAGGUUUUUUCCCUGCUGACCCUUUGUGAAGUUUCUCUGUUGCCUUAUUCAGUCAUUGAGACUUAUUUUCAUUUAGGAAAGUUAUUUCUGAAUACCAUAGCAUAAAAUACCAUUUUAGCAAAGCACAUGUACUACCCAGCAUUUCAAAUAAAUGGGUAGGCAUAGGUCUUGUUUUAAAUAAGGUCAGUUUACAAGGCUCACGUUUGCAAGUUACACGUUAGAGUAGCCAACGUCAACGUCAGCAGGGAUUCUGUACUUUGCAAAAUUAAUUUGCCAUAGUAUUUUCCUGUUUCAUUUUAAAUCGUCUUGACUUAAUAACAAAUUCUACAUUCUCAGGAAGGAAUAUAUGAAAUAGAGCAUAUCUCCAUGUCUGUUUUUAGAUUCCUCUCGUCCUUUGCUGUCCUGGUGCAUUCCUAACUCUUUCAGCUUAGCGGCUCGAACACUGACUCCCUGGCAGCUCUUACGGAUCCCAUAAGUAGAUGGUGAUCAUUUCAGUGCUUUGUUAGGUUCAGUACAAGUCAAACUGACUUAUGUUUUAAAAUACAGGUUGUCUGAUAGUGAGAUUACACGAUCUUAAAUGAGUUUUAGGUUUUCUGCAACAAUUCGCUGUGAACCAACCCUUAAUGUAGCUAAUGUUUAUAAAAAUUUUAUAGUCAAAAUUAUUUAUUUUUAUUUUUGUAAGGUGUGUCAAACCUGUAGUAUUUGCUUUUUGAAGUAUGUUUGCCUACUUAGAGUUGUAAAAUAUUCUGUGACUCAGAAAUUGUAAAGUCCUUUUUGCAUUGUAAAAAUGAAUAUUACCAGCAUGUCAAAAGAAAAAUAGUUUGCAUUCGUAAUAUAAAGUACAAUUGUAUUUACUGUAUAUUAUGGAAUUUUAAAUUUUCACUAACUAGAAAACUUUAAAGGUUAUAUUAAUUUACAGAUUCAUGUGGAUCCGAAUACAUAAUUUUUACUUGUUCGGCCAAAAAGGUCAAUCGAAUAGGUGAUAGUUUUGUGUGGUUUUUCCUUGAAAUGACAAUAUUGAAGCAAGAACCAGCACUUUAUAAUCGGAACUUUUUUUAAUUCUACCUAAUUUUGGACCAUAGAAUGUAGGUAGAUUUAUUUUCAAAAAUACCUAGGAAUUUAAAAAGAAAAAAGAGUGUUGUUCUCUGUCCCAGUAAUGAAGGUGUGUUCUCUGCGACAAGACGGAAGAAGUGGUUUUGGUUUUGCUUUUAAAGUAUGCCCCUGCCUUUCUCAGGUUUUCCUUUUAAGGCCCGUCUCCUGUUUCUCAAAAUGUGAUCCGCACAUCGUCCGCAGUGGCGGAAGCCCCUGGGCUGCUGAUGGCCUCUGAUGCCGAAGCCCAGGCCCUGACUUGAGGAAUGCGUGUCUCUGGAGGUGGGACGCAGACAUCUCUGGUUUUAUGCACAGGCGCCCCGUGUGCCCGUGAUGCGCACUGACAGUCCGUACCUCAUGUGCUCACCCAGGGCUUUUGCUGGAUGGAUACCUGGCGGAAAAAUGGAAUUAGUUGGAUUUUCUUAAAAUUGUUUUGCCUUCACUCCACUGUGUUCUUCCCCCUAAAUCAUUCUUCUAGAGGAAUUCUAUGAAUAGUUUGUUCAUAUCCUCUCCAAAUUCAUGUAUCCGUCUAGACUCGAUUACAUAAAAAUGGGUAGCCUCAGAUCCUUCCGUGGAAGCAGAUUUUGGACUGUGAUCCAUGUUGUCCCAGAGAACAAGCAGGCUGGGGGCUCCUGCAUUGGACCCCCAGGGGCUCCUGCUUUCUCACUUCACUCAGUGCAGCCCCCUGCUGGACGCUGCUUCAGAUCAGAUCCCAGUAGAUAAAAUUCUUCCUGUUUUUUAAGGGUUUGGAAGCCACUACUCUAAUGAUUUUUGUCACCUGGUUCAUUUUCUGCUGAUUUGUACAUAUUCGGAAACCUCAUGUUUUUUGGUGAAAAAUAAUUGGAAGGUCUUGGUUGCUGCUUGAAAUAUGACCAUUUGGCUAUUUCUCAAGUUUUAAAGGCAUUUUGUUGAGUAGUGAAGCACUGGCUUAACCUUUGUUCCUCCCGUUUCUAAUUUUAGUGUAGAAAUGGUCUGAGUAUUUAGUUAAUUUUAGUUCUGUAAAUGCACACACACAUACACACAUUGACCCCCCAUGGCCCUGUCAUCCGUGUAUGCGGUUUGCGGUUAUCAAAAAGGUACAUCCCUUUUUGAUGGGAUCUGAAGAAAGAAUCCAAAAAUGUCCCUCUCUCGUACAGAAGUUCGCAAAACUUAAAUGAGUGACCUUAGUCACCUGCAGAAGCGUCUGAAGAAAGUGAGUCACCUGGAAGCUGUAGACAGAAGUGUAUUGCUGAUACUAGAUACUUCCUCAGUCUGUGUGGCUCACUUCUGGGCUGCCUCGCCACUAAAGGGAAGCGUCCACGCAGAACACACUGAGCAAGAUGAACCGUAGGAAAUUUCCACUGUGUGGUGCUUUCUGGUGACCAGUGUGGAAAGUUGAAAAGGAGAGCUGGCAAGUUAGGUCGCUGCCCUUGUUCCCCUCACGCUGUCCAGGCAACAGGGCAUCCGUCACAUGCGCAGACCGUGCGACACGUGAGAACAUUCCUGCUGGAAGGGCGGCCACGCUGUAGUCGAGGCCAGUGGCUCAUCAGAACAUUUGAUCUCAUUCCUCUGGUUCGGGCUCUGGCAGCAGUCUUUCUCUGGAAUUUGAUCUGCUUGAAUGAGCCCCCCAGACGAUGGGCAUUCUGAUUUCUAAUUCUAUUUUAAGCGCCUUCAGAGCAGCCUGGAUCCUGAGCCGGCUGAACUGGCUCUGAGCCCACAGGGUCAACCCAGAUGGCAGCCAGCUGGCCUUUGCACUUUGUCCCCCCCUCCCCCCGGCCACAGUGCCAUGUACCUACCACUUAAGUACCCUGCGUUACUCACUUUGUUGUGUUUGCUCUGUAUUGUCGUCAAUGCCUACAGACAAAGAAAUGUGAAUUAAAGCAUUUGAUAUGUUGGAAAUGUUUGCUUGUUUUUUAAUAAAAUUCAAAGUGCAGCACUCCAAAAAGUAUGAUCCUGUGU